CUAUUAUGGGCAUAUAUAAUCCAAUUAACUUUACUAUAAAUAUUUUUUAUUUUGAACUUUGUGUUACAACAAGAAUGCGUGUAGAAGUAUGUACUCUGGUUUGGUUUUUAAUCCAGCUCUUUCUAAAAGCAUUUCAAGAAUGUAGUGCAGAGAUUGUAUUUCCGAAACGACGCCAUGAUUCACGUUUACAAAACGAUUUAAGCACAUCAAGAAAGAAUGGAGUUCAUGAAGAACAUGUCACUUAUGAAGUUAAAUCGAAAAAAGCUCUGCAUGUUUUAGAUUUAAAAAAAGCUAGAGAAAUACACCAAGGUUUUAUUUGGCUUCGAUCUGUUGAGAAUGGAAAGGAAGUUGCAAUUAAGCAUUAUCCUGAACACUGUUACUAUGAAGGUAAAAUUCGUGGAGUAAAAGAUUCAAAUGUUUUCAUAAGCACUUGUAGCGGUGGACUAGUAGGAACAAUUGAUGAUGGAAAAUCAAGGUACGACAUAUUGCCACAGGUUAAUGGAAAUGGUCAUAAUUUUCACAAUGUUGAUGAUCUUGUUAAAAAGACUUUAAAACAACUGAAAAAGAAAGAUGAAAUAAGUACUAAACAAGAAAAAAAUAUCAAGAAAAGAACAUCAAGAAGUAUUUCCUUUUCAGUUGGACCAAUUGAAUUAGUUGAUGUUGAGCCACAAUAUCUUCCUUAUAUUACUAGAAACAAAACACUCUAUGUUGAAAUGUUUGUUAGCUGCGAUCACAGAAUGUUACCAACAUAUAACAACAAUCGCUCUCUGUUAAUUGAAAGAGUUUUAAAUGCAUAUGCUCAAGUUGACAAGGCAUAUCAAGCCAUUAAUGUACGAAUAGUAGUUGUUGCAAUUGAUAUUCAAGAAAAUCAACCUGCAUUUACACGUUUUCCAACAGGUGGAGCUGAAUUAGGCUCAUUUAGAGAAUAUGUUAACAACGUGAUAAAAACAACUUCAUCUUUCAAAGAUGUUGAUUUUGAUGAUGCUAUGUUUUUGAGUCAUGGAGGUUGGUCAGAUAGCGUUGGAAUGGCUUGGGUAAACUCUAUGUGUAGUGGAAAUGCUAGAAGCGUUAAUGCAUGGGAUUAUACCAGCAUAAGUGGUCCAACAGUUAUACUUGGUCAUGAGUUCGGACACAAUAUGGGAUUUAAUCAUGAUGAAGGAACCUGCAAUUGUUUAACAAGUAGGGGAUGUUUUAUGGGUGGAGCAAAGUCAAGCAGACCAGGCUUUUCAAACUGCAGUAUGGAAGUGUUUAAAAGAAAUGAAUAUUCUUGUCUAACAGAUUAUCCUUCUGAUCCCAUGACUAAUGCGUGUGGGAAUGGGGUUCGUGAAGGAAAUGAAGAAUGUGAUUGUGGAACUUUAGAGAUGUGUCAAAAAAAUGGUGAUGAUUGUUGUGAACCAAACAAUUGUGUUUUAAAAGCCACAGCACAAUGCAAUUAUGUAAUAAAUCCAGAAUGCUGUCAGCCAUCUUGUUUGUUCAGGAAACAAGGAACUUUAUGUAGGGGAGCAACUAGUGAAUGUGAUUUACCAGAGUUCUGUGAAGGAGACAAAGCCACUUGUCCAAAUGAUAAAAUUUUGCGAAAUGGAAUUCCCUGCGGUAAUUUUGUAAAGUUUUUUGUUGGACCUACUGGUGGCUCUUCACGAGCUAUUGCAAAACUUUCUCCUCCAAUAAUCAGUAGAUAUUUAAGAAUUUUACCUAAGCAAUGGAAUGUUGGAAAAACAGCAUGCUUUAAAGCUGAUGUUCGUGGUUGUCCUGCAGUUCCAGAUUAUAUCAAUCUUCCAACUUCAAUAACUUCAGCUGAAUUAUAUUACCAUUCUCCGUUUUGUAUUACCCCAAGUAUUACUAGCUGUAGUGAAACAGUUUUAGAUGGAACAAUCAUUAAGUAUAUUGAUAGGGAUACACGAUCAGGCCACUGUGAACAUGAUUAUAUGAAAUUUUUGUUUGCUGCUGAUGGUACAUUAACACAUGAUUGCAGUAAAAAAAAAGUCUGUAUAGACACUAAUUUUAAUUUAAUUUUAAGAACUAAUUGUCUCGGAGAAACACCAAGGUUUCAAUUAACAAAGGAAAAAUCACUUCAACACAUUCAAAGCAAAAAUUGUGUAGGAUGUUCCGCACCAGGUGGCAGCUGGCCUACACAUGAUUAUGCAGCUAGAAUAGAUAAUUGGCCUGGAGACACAUGUACUUUAACAUAUGAUCGGAAAGUAAUUGUCAUAAAUAUUUUAGAUUGUGAUGUACCUUUGGGGAUGAGUAAUAGAGCAUUACAAGAAUCUGCAUAUACUGCCAGUAGUGUAUAUAGUGAUUUAUUUAAACCGUCUAAUGUGAUAUUGACUAAUAUUGGUUGGUGUCCUAAAAUUAGCAAUGGAAGUUGGAUUCAAAUUGAUUUUGGAGAGAAUGUGAGGAUAGCAAAUGUGGAAAUGCGCCCAACAAACUGGGAUAGAACAACUGGCUACAGUUUACAAUACUCUGCUGACAAUAUUGUAUGGGUUGACUAUUUAGAAAGUGAUGCCAAUGAGAAAAAGAAUUUAGAAAGUUAUUGUUUCUCUGGUUCGUGUACUCCUUCGCUAAAACAGCAAUGUCGUAACUUGUGGGAAUCAGAUGCUUUGGUUGCUUCCGAUUCUUGUUGGAAUAAUCUAAACACAAUUCAAAAUGGAUUUGGAACUUGUGAUUCUACAAAAAAUACAUCAUGUAUGACUAGUAAUGUUAAAUGUGGUCAACUACAAUGUUAUGCAAAGCAAGCAAAACCUAUCAAAAAACCUGAUUAUGGAACAGAUUAUAAACAGUUUACAUAUGACAAUCAAAUUUGCAGUGGUGCAUCCAUCACAGAAAGUGUGCAGGGCAAGUCCGGAAUGGUUUUAGAUGGUACUAUAUGUGGAGAAAAUAAGUUUUGCUACAAUGCAGCAUGCAGAUCUGCUGAUGAACAUGGUUUUAUGACAUGCCCAAUAGUAGGUGGAAAGGAAUGCUCAGGAAAUGGGGGUUGUGCUUCAGAUGGCACUUGUGUUUGUAAUGAUGGAUAUACACCUGCUGACAACUGUGAAAAAAAACUUAGCCCCAUUAAUGGUGCUUGGACUAGUUGGUCAGUAAUUAGCAAGUGCACUAAAGGCUGUGGCGGAGGUAUCCAACAAAGAUAUCGAUUUUGCUCUUCUCCUAAGUAUGGUGGCAAUGACUGUGAUGGUGUAUAUGUUGAGGAACAACCAUGUAAUACUCUAUCUUGUCCAGUUGCUGAGUCAUGUCUUGCAAUUAAAGGCCUUUUAGAAAAACAAGGACAGCCAUUAUAUGAUGGUAUUUAUACAAUUAAACCAACUCCUACACUCACAUUAAAUGUCUACUGUGAUAUGACACGUGAUGGUGGAGGCUGGACACUUGUAGUAUCUUCACACUCAAAUACAUGGGAUGAUAAAAAUGUUUGGUUGAGAAAUAUUGAUAAACCAGAUCUUUUUAAUGAUUACUCAAUCUUUAAAUAUGCCAACGAAUUAAAAACCAGUUACAAGAUUCAAGAUGACACGUUUAACUAUAGAUUAGAAGCAAAUGAAUUUGGUCGAUGGGGUGGAGUAUUUUCUGCACCUGCAAAAUAUAAUAUAUCUUCUACCAAUGCUCAACAAACUAAAGUCAAAGUUCUUCAAAAGUUUGAUGAUUGGCAAUUUGGUAGUAGAAGUAUUGACCAGCGUCUUCCUUAUAUUUCUGGUUAUACUAUAACAACUUCUCUUAUUGUCUCAACAAGUGCUUAUGAUUCGUGGGGUUCACUUACAGACAACCUACCUGGACUACAUCCGUCAAAAUGGAUUAACGAAUAUAUGAAAAUGAUGUUUCCAGAACAUGUGUGGUAUUGGAUUAGAGAAGGCACCUACUCAUAUCCCCCAUCAUGUCUUAACCUACUUUUCCGAGGUUUAUCAAAUUCAAAAAAAUUGGAAAGUGGAGUAUAUGAAAUUGAACCUACUUCAGGAAAAGUUGUGAAAACAUAUUGUGACUUUGAUCGAUAUGGUGGUGGUUGGACUUUAUUAGCAAAUGUUGUCACUAAAGAUUGGUCAUUAGAGAAGAUAAAAGAUCUUGCUGAAUUACUUGAAAAUAUGAAGAUAAAAGAUUUAAGUGAGAAAUCUUACCAGAUUAUGUUAGAAGCAAAUGAUAGGGAUUCAAAUGGUGGAAUUUUUUCUAUACCUGUUGAGCACAACUCAUUAUCAUGUUCAAAACUUUAUAAACCAACUCUCUUAAAAAAGUUUGGAACUUGGAAUGAAUCAGUUGAAAACAUAGCUAAAUAUCCACUUUGCAUAGUUUCUGAUAAAGAAUUUUCUAUGGCAGCUAACUCAUUGGAUGUUGGUGACAACUAUGGUGUAAUCGCAGGAAGUGGAAAGUAUAUGACUUCUCUUGAAAAUCCUUCUUUUGUUCAGUUAUGGGUACGAGAAGGUGGAAGCCGCUACUCAUGUAAUGACUUACGAGUACGAGGACUUGUUAAUGGCCAGUUGUACAAAGAUGGUUUGUACAUGUUAGCAAAUAAUCAACCUGCCUAUUGUGACAUGACUUCAACAUUAAAUGAAGCUUGGACCCUGCUUGUUACUUCUGUAUCUAAUGGAUGGACUUCAGAUCAAGUUUAUUCCAGAAACGCCGUUGCUCCUUCAAUUUAUGAAGAUUUUUCCAUUCUUAAUAAAGCAAACACUAUUAAAAAGUUGUCUAAUAGUGGAACAAUAAAAUACAGACUUGAGGGAACAGCUAGUAAAAGAUGGGGAGGGAUAUGGGAGUCUUCUACAGCAUAUUUAUUUAACGCUACAUCGUGUCAACCAACAAAAAUUAUAAAACAGUUUGACUCAUGGGACAAUGGGUCAUGGUGGCAAGGUCCAUAUCCUUGCCUUCCAUACUUGUCAACAGAUGCUACCAAAGAUGGAUUAUUAAUUACAGGUACUGCUGACUAUGGAGGAGCAAUCAUUUCUAAAAAUCCUAAAGGAUUUAUACCAUCUAGGUGGAUAGUAAAUUUGAACGAUAAUCCAGGAGUGAUUUGGUAUUGGCUGAAUGAGAAUGAUUGUGAUAGUAACUACAAACCAAUUAAUGGUGGUCUUUCUCCUUGGAGUGAAUGGACCAGCUGUUCAGUUUUUUGUGGAACUGGAAAACAAAGUAGUCAGCGAUUUUGCAAUAAUCCUUUACCAAAGUGUGGAGGCAAAGAGUGUGAUUCUGUAGAAAUGUUUAGAGAACAAUCAUGUGUUGGAAGUUGCCUUACUACUCAGAUACGUACUUUCGGAGAUAUCUUUUGCAUUGAACCUGAAGUUGGAGGAUGUACAGUAGCUGAUAAUACAAAACUUGUUUAUCGCCCAGUAUCUUCUUUCUGCAAAAAUGAGGCUUCCAAUUUUGUUUAUAAUCCAAAAACUGGUAGUCUACUCCAUAAGUGCAGUGGAAAACUAGUUUGUGCUAAAGAUGGUAUCAAAAAUUAUUCUCCAAUAGUAAUAAGCUCAACUUGUAAAGAGUUUACUUCAGCAAGUCAAAUACAGAGAACACCUUGGCAAACUAAUCAAAUGGAAAGUUUGUGUUUUGAACCGAAUGGGGGCUAUAUAGCAAACGGAGUUUUUCUAAAUCUCUGGGGAGGAUGUAUGAGUGCUAACCAAAUGUUUGUGAUGCCUGGAAUAGUUAGUCCUGUUUCUGUUUCAAUUUUCAAUAAUAUUGUGAGUUUGGAAGCUUUAAAAACUGGCAAACCUACAACAACAAGUUUUGUUAAUAAUUUUGAUUUAUUACCCUUUUAUGUCCCCUUUUAUGGUGGCUUUCGUAUGUGGACAUACUUUAGGGCUCCUCAAUCAGGUUUUUACUAUUUUAUGGUCUCUUGUGAUGAUAUGUGUGAACUGAUGUUUACAAAAGAUGUGACAAAUUCAAAUUCAGUUACAAAAGUAGCUAGAUGUUUAGGCUGGACUUACAGAUAUGAAUGGAACAGAUUCUCUGAACAAAAAUCAUCUCCAAUCAGUUUAAAUGUUGGCGUCAAAUAUUACUUGGAACUCAAUUUAGUUAAUUGGUCAGCUGGAGGGCAUGGCGCUGUUGGCGUUGUAAUGCCUAAUGGUGAUGUUGUGGCGCCAAUAAGUUAUGACUAUCUUUCAGCAAAUUAAUUUUUAGAUUGUAAAUUUUUCAGAAAUGAAUGAAUUAUAUACUGUUCAACCCCAUUGUUUCCAUCACACAGACUGCACUUUUUUAAGUAAUUUUUAUUAUUUAUAAAUAUGCAU